GGGUGGGAGCCCUGAUGCUAAAGCUCAGAGCUGGAAAGCAUUCCAAGCUGUGCGGGGGCAUUCGCAGCCCAGUUCCAGAGACUCUUUCCCCGACCCCAGCCCCCACUGCCCUGCAGGUGCAGUGGGCUGGCACUUGGCUGUGAAACUGGAGAGAGCUGGUUUGAGUUUGCACUUUAGUUCCUGUCAGGAAGGGAGCUCUGAGAUCUGAGUUAAUCCCAGUGCUAAGGAUGUCUCAAUUGCUCUGGCCUCUUGUGAGAUUCCUGCUUCUGAUCGAAGUGGCAGCCUCUGUGAACUUUUUCCACCAUCGCUAUGAGCAGCUGGUGCAGGCCCUGUUCAAUGUGCACAACGAGUGUCCUGAUAUCACCAGGAUUUACACUAUUGGCCGCAGUGUCCAGGGGAGACAUCUCUACGUCCUGGAAUUCAGUGACAACCCUGGAAUCCAUGAACUCUGACCCGGACGCCAUUGGGUACCUGACGGGCAGGAACAAUGCCAACGGAGUUGACUUGAACCGUAACUUCCCCGAUCUCAACACUUUCAUGUACUACAAUGAAAAAAAUGGUGGCCCCAAUCACCACAUCCCUCUGCCAGCCAACUGGAAAAGCCAGGUGGAGCCAGAAACGCUGGCUGUCAUUCAGUGGAUGAGCCGCCACAACUUUGUCCUCUCAGCCAAUCUCCACGGUGGAGCUCUAGUGGCGAAUUACCCCUACGACAAAGCCCAGGAGCAGCGGAGCCGGGGCUAUCAGCGCAAAAGCAACACCCCGUCCCCCACUCCUGAUGACAAGCUGUUCCGGAAGCUGGCCAAAGCCUAUUCCUACGCCCACCACUCGAUGCACCAGAGCCCAACCUGCGGAGAACAGUUUGCAGAUGGCAUCACCAAUGGGGCCUCCUGGUAUUCUCUCAGCAAGGGCAUGCAGGACUUUAAUUAUCUUUACACCAACUGCUUUGAGAUCACUCUGGAGCUGAGCUGCGAUAAAUUUCCACCUCAAAAGGACCUGGAGAAGGAGUGGCUGGCGAAUCGUGAGGCGCUCUUCACCUACUUAGAGGAGGUUCAUCAGGGUAUCAAAGGGCUGGUGUCCGAUGAGAACAACAAUGGGAUUGCAGGUGCUGUGAUUUCUGUCCAUGGGAUCGGCCACGAUGUCACUUCCGGUGACCAGGGGGAUUAUUUCCGGUUGCUGCUGCCUGGCACGUACACCAUCACUGCCUCAGCAGAUGGGCAUCAACCACAGACGGUGACAGUAACAGUCGGCCCAGCCGGGCCUUCGCUGGUCCAUUUCCAGCUCAAACAAGACACAAUAAAGGGGCCCAUGGAGAAAAAGGCCCCAGCCACCAGCCUGAGCAGCAAAGCCCUUCAGAAGAAGGUAGUGCCGAGAGCAGCCCAUAAGAAGACACAGAGAUGAAGAUGGCCCAAUCAGCCAAGAACUGGAGGAGUCCUAUGAAGCAGCUGAGAUCGAGAACUCCAGCAAGUGAACGUCCUAACGCAGCAUAACAAGCCCAAAUUGCCUAGUUAAAUAUCUCUGCAUUUAAUAAACUCCUGAGCAAAUAGUGAACUCAUUCAGAAAGA